AUGACAAUUGCUGGCACCGAUUCCAGCGGAGGAGCAGGUAUACAGGCAGAUAUUAAGACAUUCACAGCGUUUGGCUGUUAUGGAACAAGCGUCAUCACUGCCAUGACCGCUCAGAAUACGACCGGCGUCCAGGGUGUCCAUCCAUCCCCUCCAGAGUUCGUCCGACAGCAGCUGCACUCCGUUCUCAGUGACGUAAAGAUUGAAGCCAUCAAGACCGGAAUGCUCUUCGACGCCGAUAACACCGUUGCCGUAGCCGCAAGCCUCAAGGCUCACUUCGGAGGACCUGGUUCUGCCAUGCCGCCUCUCGUGUGCGACCCAGUUUGCGUAUCGACCUCUGGGCAUACUCUGUUACAGCCCGAUGCAGUGAAGGUCAUGAUCAGCGACCUAUUUCCUAUCACAGCCCUGGUUACGCCGAAUAGGCAAGAAGCAGAGCUCUUACUAUCCCAGCAGGACAAAGAGCUCAAAAUCAGCAGCUUGGAAGACAUGGUCUCCGCUGCGAAGAAACUGCGUGAGCUAGGACCGAAAGCGGUAUUGCUCAAGGGCGGCCAUAUAGUCAUCACCAUGCAGGACAUCGAGCGUGUUUGCAGUUCAAAUCCAGAUAUCGAGGUUGUGAAGGACGCACUCCUUGGUGACAAUAUGGAAAUCCUGCAAGCCUCCGAAGCGGACGCUGCUACUCGUGAGCUCGUGGUCGACGUUCUCCACCAAUCCAACGGCAGCACAUCGAUCUUCGUCCGCCCGCGGAUAAACUCGACGAGCACGCACGGGACUGGGUGUACCUUGAGCGCGGCAAUCACGUCUGCGCUCGCGAGGGGACUUAGCAUCAGGGACGCGACGAGUCUGGCGACCUCCUACACCCAUGCUGGUAUCGAGACCGCCUUCCCCAUAGGUAGCGGAUACGGACCAUUGAACCACAUGCACUCCAUUACCCUGCGCAACAUACCGAAGCCUACCCUAUCGAACCCGCAUCCGUUCACGCGAUUGCUUAUCAAGUCGACAUCUAAAAUCUGGAAAGAAUAUGUCGAGCACGACUUCGUCAAGCAGCUUGGUCAAGGCACGCUCCGCCGGGAAUGCUUCAUCCAUUUCAUCAAACAGGAUUACCACUACUUGAAGUACUACGGACGUGCAUACGCGCUACUAGGUGCGAAGUCACCCUCCUACCCCGCAAUUCAAGCAGCCGCCCAGACCAUGUUCAACGUCGUCAACGAAGUGAAAACACAUGUAUCCUUUUGCGAGCAGUGGGGCAUAACCGAAGAAGAAUUGAAAAGCACACCAGAGUCGUCUGCCACGACCGCCUACGGAGCCUUCAUCAUUGAUACCGGUUUGCAAGGCGAUAGAUCCAAGCUAAUCAUGGCACUUGCAGCCUGCCUGCUCGGCUACGGCGAAGUAGGGCUGUGGCUCCGUAAACAGGCCUCCCUCCCAAACAGCUGGGUCAAGUGGGAAGGUAACCCCUACCUCAAGUGGAUGGAAGACUACUCUGGGGAGCACUACCAGAAUGCUGUGAAAGCCGGUCUUGACACAAUCGAAGCAGAAGCAGCCGCGGAUCCGCCAUCGAUAGUCAGGUUCCAAGAGUGGGUGGCGACAUGGGAACGUUGUACACGACUAGAGAAGGGAUUCUGGGAUAUGGCGCUGGGGCUCUUAUGA